AUGCCGGUUGAUAUUAACCGACUGACGGAAGGGUGGUUGGAACUGGAAAGUGAUCCAGGUUUAUUUACGUUGUUACUCGAGGAUUUUGGCGUCAAAGGAGUGCAAGUUGAAGAAAUUUAUGACUUACAAAAGUCAUUAGAAGGUCCAGUUUAUGGAUUUAUUUUUUUGUUCCGAUGGAUUGAAGAACGACGAUCUCGUCGGAAGGUUGUAGAACAGGACGAGAGUUUUGUUAAAGACGAAGAUGUUGUCAAUAAUAUUUUUUUUGCGCAGCAGGUUGUACCGAACAGCUGCGCAACUCAUGCAUUAUUAUCCGUACUACUUAACUGUCCAAACAUCCAUUUAGGCACUACACUAUCGCGUUUAAAAGUUCACACAUCCGGAAUGUGUCCAGAAAACAAAGGCUGGGCGAUAGGCAACACACCAGAAUUGGCUUGCGCGCAUAAUUCACAUGCAAUGCCACAAGCUAAGCGGCGACAGGAUAAGAACACUGGUGUGUCAACGGGACGUUUCACUGGUGAGGCAUUUCAUUUUGUCAGUUAUGUACCAAUUAACGGCAGAUUAUUUGAAUUGGAUGGAUUAAAACCUUACCCGAUGGACCACGGACCUUGGAAAGAGCACGAAGAGUGGACUGAACAAUUUCGACGAGUUAUAACUGAUCGUCUCGGAAUAUCUACUGGCGAACAAUUGCAGGACAUAAGAUUUAAUCUGAUGGCCGUUGUGCCAGACCGUAGACUCGCGAUCUCUCACAAACUGACAAUGCUUAAAACGAACCGGCAAAUAGUCGUCGAGGCGUUGCAGCAAUUAGUCAAAUUAAGUAACAGUAGUCAUCAUCAUAAUUCAAAUGGGAGUCAUCAUCAUAAUCACAAUAAUCACAAUCAUCAGGAAUUAGCAGUAGCUGAAAAAAAUAAUGAUGACAAGAGUGAUAAAAAGCUAAAAACAGAAGAUGAAUGCAAAAGUGAAAUAAAACAUGAGUCGGAAGCGAUAUUCAAUGUACCUGCGGUUAAUGUAGAACAGACAAAUACGGAUUUGCACUCUGAUGUUAGUAGCGAAACAGCCAAUACUAAUAAUGUUAAAACUGAGUCGAGUACUACCAUUGAAAAAGUUGUAAUGUGUGCUCUGGAUUAUGCAACGCCUCUGCGAAUUCAAACAUCACCGGCGCACAGUUCAUCCAGCACAGACACUUCAUCGGAAAUUGGAUCUGCUUUUAAUUCACCAACGCAAGCUUGGGGAUGGAAUUCUGGGCAAAGUAGCCCAACUUCAACAAAAGAUUUCAAAAAGUUCGUGGUGAUUCGCGUUGCUGGCGAUGAAAAAAAUGAAGCUGGCCUCACUCGCUCUCUUGGUAAUAUUAAUAUAAAUGGAAAAAGACUUGUCUCAGACUCGGGGCAUUUGCAUAAAAAGGUUUGUUUGUCCGGUGAAGUUAGAAUUCCUCAUGCAAGAGUUAAAACAAGCAAUGGCGACACUGUUACCGAAGAAAAAAAAGUUGAAAAAAUAGAUUCAAAGCUUUGCUCAAAGUAUCCAGAAUUAUUUGAGCCGCACACUUUUGCUCCGAAAGAUUUACUAGCGUUGUUGAAAAAUCUUGAGCAGGAAAUUAAUAUAUGCGAAACUAGUCUGAAAGAUGAAAAUGAUAAGCGAAAUAAAUACAAAAUUGAUGAUUGCAGACGGACACAUAAUUACGACGAAUUUAUAUGCACAUUCUUAUCGAUGCUAGCUCAACAAGGAAAACUCGCGGAAUUGGUUCAACAGCAUCUUACAUUAAAGAAGCAUACAUCUGUUACUGUUAAUCGUGUACACAGGUCUUCAAAGAAAACUGAUGCACGACCAAAUACAUCACGUAGACGGCGCGGUCGUACUAAAUGCAAGAAGCGAAAAUAA